CCCGUUCGCCGCCGACGUCCUUGCUUCGAGAAAGCGAUCGGAUUCGAAGCAGCACGAAAACACACGAGAGGAUACCUGCUCGCGGAAUCGGACGCGUCGCGUAUUUACUUUCGCGUUGUGCUCACGUAUCUCGAUCUUUGCCUCCGUCCUACGUCCAUGCAUACGCGUUCUCGACGUUCAGUGCAAUUUCGCGUAACGUCCACAUGAUUCGAUCGACGAAAAACGCGCGAGUGUGCAAACGUUCCGCGACGCGAAUGCCGUGAUGCUGCACGGCAGUGGCGGAAGAAGAUCGACGGGGCCACUCGACACCGUCUCGAUCGCUUCCUCCUGACAGUAUGAGCCUCGUGCAUCGUCCUCGUCGAUGAGAUAGAGUGGUAUUCCGCUCCUGGGACGAUGUCAUUCCAGUGAUACGCAAAAGUGAAGGAAGUUUCGAUUCUAUCCGAGUUGAGUGCGAAUGUAUGAUCGAAACUACGUCGCGGACAAGUGUGCCCGCUCGUUGAGGAGACGCGAAUAGAGUGUGAGUGUGUCCGCGACGCAGAUAGUGUGCCAUACUCGGCAGAGAGUGAAGAGAACCGUGUGGUACUCUGUAACACGUGUGACAGUUUCCGUGAGGGAUAGAAUAUCUCGGGGUGUCGGGAGGUUGACCGGCGAAGACGGUGGUUUCGGACGUGGUCGUAUCGUGUCUGUCUGUCGUCGGAUUAUAUUCUCCAGUGUUCUACGAUUAGUCGGUGUCCGUUGUUCAACGCCGAUCGUGCCCACGUUAAGCAAUGUUGAUAUAGUGUGCGUUAACCGUUGAUUCCAGUGAACAAUGCUCGGAUUCCUCGCUGCCGUGGACACCACUAUGGAUUUCUUUAUUUUCAACACAGUGCCGAUGCGACGCACAACCGCACACAGGAAUAACGGGGAUUUUGCGAGCAAUAGAUCGAGACGACGCACGACCGACAGCGCGAGGACGAGAGGCGUGGCAAGAUCAACGCCGUCUAUAAUCUGGCUGUCGUUGCUACUGACACUGGGAACAAGGACAACGGCGUCAGCGACGAACAUGACAAACGUGUCACCGCUCGCCUCGACGGUGAGGCCGAUCACGACCACGGAAGUAGUUUAUCAGAGAUUCGCGAUCGAGCCGAUGGAUCAGACGGCGGUGAUUGGCAGCCGGGUGACGCUUCCUUGCCGGGUCCUCGAUCAGAAGGGACCUAUUCAAUGGACAAAGGACGACUUCGGGCUUGGCGCAGUUAGAAACCUCACGGGAUACGAGCGUUACGCCAUGAUCGGCAGCGACGAGGAGGGUGACUUCUCGUUGCAUAUUUACCCGGUCGAAUUGGAGGACGACGGCACUUACCAGUGUCAAGCCUCGCCGACGAACGACGGGCAGCCGGCGUUGCGCUCGAGAUUCGCCAAGCUGAGCGUGCUGGUUCCGCCUCAGAAACCAAAGAUCCUUCAGGGUGACUUUCUUAUCACGACCGAGGACCGGGAAUUGGUGAUCGAGUGCGUCAGCGUGGCUGGCAAACCGCCUGCGGAGAUCACGUGGAUCGACGGGCUGGGGAACGUGCUGCACAGAGGCAUAAAAACGACCAAGGAAUUGUUCGACGACGGCCCCUUGUACACCGUGAAAUCCGUGCUGAGGGUGAUGCCGCGCAAGGACCACGACAACACGACGUUCACGUGCCAAAGUCAGAACGCGGCCGACCGCACGCCGCAGAACGCGAAACUGCGCGUCGAGGUCCGCUACGCGCCAAAAGUGUCUCUGAGGAUCCGGUCGGGGCUGGGCAAGAAUGGGCGCAUCGUGGAGGGCAGCGAGCUCCGCUUCAAGUGUCGCGCGGAAGCGAACCCGCCGAACGUCGAGUACAGGUGGUUCAUUAAUGAGAAAAAGGUGAUCGGCGACUACACCACGGAAAUGAUCAUCCACAACGCGACCCGAGAUCUUCACGAUGCGAUAGUGAAGUGCGAGGUUCACAACGACGUCGGGAAGAGCGAGGACACCGAAACUCUGGACAUAACGUACGGGCCGCAGUUCAGGCACCAGCCGAUCUCCGUGGAGACACAGUACGGCGCCACGGAGAUAUUGCAGUGCGACGUUGACGGGAACCCGACGCCGGAGAUCCGCUGGUACCACGAGGACUCGGAGCGACAAGUAGCCAGCACGCCCAACAUCAGCGUGGUGGUGAACCACGAGACGGCCGGACGGUAUUUUUGCAAGGCGCACGUGCCCGGUUUCCAGGAGUUGAUGGGAUACGCGAAUAUCUACAUCCGGGCACCACCGAGUAUCGUGUCGCAGAGGGUGCAAUACGUGCCCGACGAGGGUGCCGUCAAGGUGAAGUGUACCGCGAUAUCUGUGCCAAAAGCGGACUCGGUGGUGUGGAGCUUCGCCGGUCGCGAGUUCAAUCUCUCGACGAACAAUACGCAGUUUUCCGUGCAGGAGGAAUACACCGCCGAGAGAGUCGUCAGCACUGUCACACUGCUCGAACCCACAUCCACGUACUUCGGGGAUUACAACUGCACGGUCACGAAUAGCUUCGGCACGGAUUCCGUCAUAAUCAAGCUGACGGCACACACGUUGAUUCCAGUCGAUUUGCAACUGAUUCUGAUCAUCGGUGGCCUGGUCGUCUGCGUGAUCCUGAUUGGCGUGAUCAUUAUACUCAUUCUGCAGUGCCGCGACCGCAUCAAGCAGCCACGACCGAGGACGGCCCAGACCCAGGAGACUGAUAUGCAAGAAACAGACUCGAACGCGGACAGGUAUCGGGAAAGCGACAGAAGCAGCAAUCUGUCGGACGUGAAGGCGGAUAUACGGGCUGGAUCGAGCGUGAGCAACGCGGAAAGCGUGACGGCGCUCGACAGCGAGGGCGAGGGAAGCACGAGGGGUGUGAACGCUUUGGCGCUGGCCGGACCCGUCCCCAAUCCCCUGGGUUAUCGUUACAGCGCCGAUUACACGGAGCCAUCGUUCCCGCCAAAAAAUAACGACGGCAGUAACAAUAACGGUUACGUGCCGUACGUGGACUACACCCGCGACUACAUGCCGCCCACGACGCAAGGUGUGGGAGCGUCGCGGGAAUCCUUAAGCAGGAUACCUUCCGGCGGCAUACUGGCCUCGAAGAAGAUCGGUCUGAGUUCCGCGAAUUUGGGCAGCUCAACCCCUCAAACCACCCCCGCGAUCGACCCGCGUUUCUCGGCAACGUAUGGGAACCCCUACCUCAGAAUGUCAGCAGCGGAGCAACUGAGACACGCGCCUCACACAGCUGUGCCGGGAGUAACGCCUGCACCACCGCCUUACACGCAAGCAAUGAGAAUGAAUAGCUUGAAUACCUUGAACGGCGCUGGACCGCAGGCACCACUGUCGGCGCACUACAUCACGGGCGGGCCGAACGGCGGAGUGGCGACGGUGAAACGCACCUCGGCGGUGGGGACGUUAGCGACGCAUGUAUGAGGCCAGGGGGUCUAUCCGAACUAGAACCAUCGACGUUCGGGCCUAACUAGUACCGCCUUCGGACCCACUCACCAACGCUCCAACGCUGUGAAAACGAGGCGAGGAGGGACGGUUCUCGCGGAGGGUGGUGCGGCGAGGAUCUGUCGGGAUCGUGGCGACAUCGAAGCGAAGUGGAAGGAUCGCGGCCGACGAGGAUCGAGCGCGAUCGCCGAUGUCGAACGAUUGCUCGACGGGGAAGCAAAGUCGAGGAAGGAAGUCGAGUCGAACAAGUUUCGGGUGAAGGGACACGGGGCGCAACGAAUUGGUGAAAACGGGGAGGCGUUGAGAUACAUCGAGAUGGUGCUACGACAAUUGCGAAGAGCCAGCCGCGAUCAUCGAAAACUCGUGGAGCAACGAUCGUUUCCUUCUUCCUCGACGUCGACGUGCCUCGACGAGUAUCUUUCGGAGAGGUGGUCGGACGUUCGGGGAAGCCUGGCGAUUGGACGGGGGCAAAGAAGUAGUACGUCCGAAAAGGAGGGCGGCGUCUCGAGAGAGACGGUUGACGAAAGGUUGUUGCGAGAAGUUGGAGGAUCGAGGAAGGAAGAACCGCAAGAGCUUGUCGAACUCCCCUGCACGGACGUCACGAGGAAAUUGUUGGCGAAGAGGAAGCCGUACGCGAGGGGAAUUUACCUAUUAGAAAGGAUGCCCAGGAGGAUCCACGAGAGGAUGAGCGUGGCGGGUCGACAUGGUUUACGGGGAUACGUUCCUGCGUACGAAGGAAUUGAUACCACGAUCAUUCGAUGAGGUGUGUCCGAGCUUUUUCGCCUUAAAUGUCUCGUUCGCGUAAGAUUGGCCGGGAGCGAGAUCGCAAAAAAGAGCCUGGUCGAGGAGCGAUUCGACCUAUAUGGGUGGAUCGAUCCAAGUGAAUGCGAGGAAUGGAACGAGGAAACUUGUAUCGAAUAAUGGCGAGCAAAGGGUGACCGGUCGAAUCGAUCAGCCUGAGCGUACACCUGGUAUUCUAUUUAAGAAGACUGACUAACUUGAUGGGCAAGAAGAUUCCUUCAUCCACUCGGAAACACAGUGUAUUUUUUUCUAUCGUCUAAUAGGAAUAAAAAAAAUAAUCGACUUUGCACAUCGAAAGGAAUGGAAGAGGGGAGAAAUGAUCGUGAAAGUGGAAGCGAUGCGAUUUUUUCGAAAAUGAAAAGAAAGAAAGAAAUUGAGCCGAGAAGAAAGAAGACGAGGAAAGGAAACGAGGACGAUCGGAAGUUGGACGGUUAGUUGGAUGAGUUGGAGAGGGGCGAAGGACGGUGGUUAGAUUCGUAAAUCGAAGGAGCUCUUCGGAACGAGAACAGACCACUCGGUAUCGACAAUCUUUUAUUCGCAUACUUAUAUAGAUCUCGAUAAGCAUUUAACGUUCAUUCGAAGAAGAAACGUAACGAAAAUGGGAAUCGAAUCUCAUAGCGUUGAUCGUUGCGGUCGUAAGUAGCAGUCUUACCUUUGUAAAGCGUCGUGAUUCGAAUCCACGUGAUUAAACGUGGAACAAUUAUGGAGCAAUUAUGCUUGUGGAAAAGGAUAUUUCGCGUUUCUGUACAUGUGAUACGUAGACGGAUGUCCAAGUCGGAAAUGACGUGUUCGAAAUUGUUGGAUCGCGUCGCAGAUCGGCGGACGGACAACGUCUCGGCUGCUACUUCGACGUCACUGCGUCGCGUUGCCUUUUUUUAUUUGUAGGGAAAAAAAAAAAAAUGUUAGAUCUCGCGGAAAUAUAUUCGCGGAUAAGCGAAUAGAGAGGAAACUCAGCCAAGAUCGUGCCGCUUGUAUGACAAGAUCGAUCACGAUCUCGUUAUCACCUUACGGCCUGGGGAAUCUUCGGUGAGGAGAGAGAGGACGCGCGUUUGAGUAAGCUACGCGCGUUCCACAGGUCGUAAAAAUUUGUAAAAUAGAUAGCUAAAAUGAUUAGGUAUAUACAUAUAUAUAUAUAUAAAUAUAUCACCUGUUGUCAAUACGAACAUAGGGCCUAUAGUUUGGUGGCGCUACAAAAGCAAAAACUUUAUCGAAAUAAGCUCGUUCUUGGAUGGAACAGCUUCGUGUAAAUAACAAAAUUAAUAACGAUAUUAAAAUAAUAGACGAGCAGAUAGAUAAAAAAUUCUCGAAAGAGGAAUAAUAACUGGUCGAGAAAUCACGGUUUAAUUGUAUCGCUCGUUAUCGAAUUAAGUUCGUUUCUUUCUUCGAAAAUAUUUUCCCCGUUCGUUUGCAACGUCUGUAGCUCAUUGAACGAGGAUUUGGAUUUAUCGAAUUUCUCUCCUCGGCGAUGAUCUAUGGCCUCGAGUUAAAAAAAGAAAAGUUUUAAAUUAAAUUAAAAUAAGAAAAUAGACGAACGCAUCGUUGACUCGCGACUUACGAUAAUACGAACGUACGGCGAGAAUAAAUACCAUUGAUUACGAAAACGAAACAGGGUAGCCUAUCAAUUAUUAAAACGAUUCCGAAAGAAAAGGCUGCACACUAUGGAUUGGUAGUCCCCAUAUUCGCGUGGUGCGUCGGUGAUCAAUUGAGUUUGAAAAAAAAAAAAAAGAAAGAAAAAAGAAAAAGAAAAAAAAGAAGAAGAGGAAAAAAUUUAAAAGAAGAAAAAAUAGAGCUCGAGCAAACGUGUCGGUGCGACGAUGAUGGGAACUCGUAUAAACGAUGACGGUGAUUCGUCGUCGCGUGUUCAUCAAUUAGGAGAACGAAUAUACAUUUGUAUAUGUAUCGAGAAGAUAUCUUUAUAUUGAGACGUAUGUAACAUAAUUUCUGUACAUAACUGGAAUUAUUGCUCACCGUAUCUCGUAAGAUUUAGUUAGUUUUGUAACUAAGUGAAAAGAAAGAAAAAAAAUUAAUAACACUAUGUGCAUAUCUGAUUUAACUGCGCGGACAAUUUCGCGACGGACAGUUCCCCUCGAAAGUUCUCGACCCUGUCGUCGUAGAUCGGAAAAAGAAGAAGAAGAAGAAGAAGAAGAAAAAAAUAAAAAUAAAAAUAAAAAUCAGUAUUCGUAAUAAUAAUAAUAAUAAUAAUAAUAAUAUUAAUAAUAAUAAUAAUAAUAAACACUUCCUUCCUAUCGAGAACUCUCGUUCUCACAUUCCACGAUCGAUCUUGAUCGUGCGCGUAGUCCGUCGUCAAGAAAACGAUCAGUUCCUCUCGGUUCGCGCUCGAUUCGUUUCGUCGAGGGGAACGCGAUCAAGUCGAAUACGAGAUUAUACAGUCUAGUAUUAUCGUACUCUUUAAGCAUUUUUUCCUCUCGCAAUUCGACGAUUCCGUUCUUCUCGCCGCGAUAUCGACCAACUUCGUCGACGGAGUCUCCCAUUUCCGGGCCAUGGAACUGUCCACCGGAAGUCCAGCUUUAUUGUACAUCAAUCACUCUGUACAAUGUUCAUCCUGAUGUUACUGUUAACUAUUUAAAAAAAGAAGAAAAAAAAAAAAGAGUGGAAGCAUACGAGAGUGAGCGUGAGAACGAGCGUGAGAGAACGAGAGAGAGAGAGAGAGAGAGAAUUUCGAAACUUUCACAUUCAAAGCGCGCAAACGAAAUCCUGUGCGCAUGCGCGCGUGCCAAACGCUAGUGCGCGAUUUCAGGGCACACGCGCUUGCGCGCACGAUCGCACACGUCACGUGUAAAAUGUAUAAAUGCUUGGUGAAAUUCCGAUAUUGUACAGGUUUAACGGGGAGAAGAAAAAGAAACAAAAGACACGUAGAAACGUAAAGGGGAACGCCAUGUUUAGAUGAUGGCAACGAUGCCAUGCCGAAAAAAAAAUGAGAAAGAGAGAGAGAGAGAGAGACAGAGAUAUCUAUACAUACAGACACAUGAUUUCUAUUAUAAAGAGAUGUAGGUUAUAACGAAGUAUACCGCGGGAAGUAAUUACAAUCAAUGUACUGGAUGGUCCAGGGCGAUGUUAAAAUUAGAAAAGUUUAUGUCGUUUGAACCUUAGAAGUUUGCGCCUUCUUGCCGCAGGGCCAUCCUAUACGUAUUAAUUGGUUAUCUGUCAAUUAUUAAUUAAAUUAUAUCGAUUUCUUCGCCUUUAGUCAAGGAAAGAAACGAGAGUCGUCGCGAAAUUUCCUCAUCGCACGUCGCUGUUCAAUUAAUCGCGCGCAAUACACUACUCUGUACACUCUUCUCGCGAAUCUUCCCCCAUCCCUUAUCCCGGUCUAAGGAAGAAAUUCGCGAAGAAGUUGUGCGAUCGACGACUUCGAAUAGUUUAUUUUUCUAUAGUGCAAUCAUUUCGUUUUCGUGCAAUUCCCGACCUCGUUGUUUUUUCAUUGAAAAGUUUAUAUUCUCGCGAAACACGCAAACUCGCGCGCCCCUUUGAGAAGAGGAUCUCGAAACGUGUUACGACGCUGUUUCGAUGGGGAAAUUUCGCCUGCCGACUCGGUCGACGUGUAUUUUAUAUAUAAAGCGCGUCGAUUGUUAGGCAAAUUCAUUUUACGAAAUCCUGUGACGAAACGCUUACGCGUUUUUUUUCUAAAUGCGCGCGAAAACGAGAAUGAGAAAAAGAAGGGACGAAGAAUGAGAGGAUAAUGUUGCCUAAAAUCGGGUGAGCGAGGGAAGUUUUUUCAAAUUUGUUGAUACAUUUCAUACUUUACGAUUAGGGAUUAUGGCCUAUUACUAACUAUUUCGCAAACCUUAUCCGACGAUUCGAUCGUUUUUUCUUUUUUUUUAUUAUUAUUGCGCGUUAUCACACGUUAUGGAACAACCGCGGUGCUUAAAUUGAGAUAUCCCAUUUCAUGAAAUGAAAGAAGUAACAAAGCAAAAAAAAAAAAAAAAAAAAAAAGAAAAAAGAGAAAGAAAGAGGAAGAAAACGUCCCGAUUGAAUGAGAUGUGCCAUACUAUUCAUCGUAUAAAUAACGCUCUUACGCUCUCGAAUCGAAAGGUGAGAACUCGUGAACGAAUCGAGAAAUACGACAAAAAAAGUUAUCGAUCUUCGAACGAGAAAUAUGAAUCACCGUGGAUAAAGCUUGAUAACGGGGGAGGGUAUUUUAAAAAAAAAACGAUCGAAUCGUCUGCCCGCGCAUUUGUGAAAUGGAAAGUGACUUUUUAGAAAAUGAACACUUUUUCGCGUGCUAUCCAUGAAAAGCUACGUUAAACACGUCGCAUCGAUUACCGAGUAUAGGGAAAAAAAAAAAAAAAAAAAAAGAAAAGAAAAGAAAAGAAAAAAAAAAUAACGCUAUUUCGAAUUCGACUGACCGACAUAUAGGAGAUACAAUUUAUAUAUACCCCCAUAUUUUUCUCGAUGUUAAAGCUUUUUUCUCAGAACGCGUUACGCGGCGUGUAAUACUGCCCGCGAAAAAGGAAUUCAAGCGAAUCGUUGCGAAUUUUUCGAAUUAUCGGCGUAUCGUUUGUAUAAUAUAGCGGGGAGGAUCCGAUCGACUGCGAUCGUUAUCACACGAGUAUCGCAAGGGCGGUGGAGAAAUGAAAAGAAAAAAAAUGGGGAAAAAGGAUGAUCGUUCUGAAGCGAUUCGAGCACUUCUGAUUCAGAUCGAUCAUCCCGUUCGAUCAUUUUUACAAAUUUUUGAAUUUCGAAACGAAUAUCUACUCCUUUUUUUUUUUUUUUACUUCUUAAUGCAAUGUAUUAACAAAGGGAAGAGAAUCGAUGAGUUUGGAAAAAAGAAACCUGUUACGUUUUCUACAGAAGAGAGAAAAAAAGAAAAAAAAAAAAAGAAAGAAAGAAGUUUUCAACGUACACCGUGUGUAGUAAUCUCGACCAAUAAUAAUUUUGAUACGAACGCGCCUGGAAUUUAUUCGACUUUGGUAUGUCUCGAACGACAGCGCUUGGGAACAAUUUAACGAAAACGCACUCUUAUAGCACACUCGUCCCCGAUAUUAAUAAAACGUCACCUCCGUGAAAUAAUCUCUUUCGAUGAACCGUUUCGGAUUAACCGUAUCGAAUAUAUCUCCUUCAACCGUUUCAUCCACUUUACAAAUACGAUAGACUGUUACCGUAACGCUAAACGAAACGAACAAAAUAGAAAAGAAAAGACUGUAAUCGACUGCUCGUUGAAAAUUGUAUCGAACAAUCGCGAUGCAUGAUAAAUUCGCGUACGAAGAGGUCGGUGCACGAGUCGCGUGACUCGGUUUGGAACAAUCUCUCGUAUAAAAUGAGAAAAGGAGGAAAAAAAAAAAAAGAAAAAAAAGAAAAAGACACGGAAGAAUAGCUCGUGGUAAUAAUUAGGAACGUUCGCGAUAUCUGUUAGAAAGAUCAUGUUACGACAAACAUGUUAUUACCAUUAUUUUUCUGUCGUCCUGUGUUCCUUUUCUUCGCUUUUUCUUCCUCUAUAUAUAUAUAUUUUUUUCUUUAAAAAUGGUACUCCCUUUUUUUUUUCUCGUCGUCGCGGCCCUAUAUUCGCGUUUCCCGAGUCUCAAGCUCGACUCGAACUCGUCGUCGACUCACACACACACACACAUAAUUAAACUGCGCACAAUGGAUUUUCAAUUAUGUACGGAAAUGCAACAAAGUUCUUGCAACGUUCUCCGACCAGGCAACGAAACCUGGCGAAAGUUUAUACGUUUCGAAAGAAAAUACGUUUCGAGAGGAAAACUCGCGUAGGAGAGCGUGGUCCGCAACAAUGGCCAAUUAUCGCGAAAACGCGUGCGCUAAUUGUGGAAAACGAUUGGUCGAGGUACAGUUUGAGAAAGGAAACGACGAUGGAAAUGGUAACAAAAUCAUCUUAACGUAACGCAUUUUAAUAACGGGAGAAGUCUCGCGGCGCGAACACCACGCCCGGCGAAAAGUAAAUUAACCGAAUGAAAGGUAACUCGAUCUAAAAGAAAUACAUUGGAACUCGAAGGAAACUCUAGCAACGCGAUUAAAUGCAAGAACUUUUGUUGAGAGGCCGUUACGUCCUGGACGCUAUCGCGCAUCGAAUUGGCAAACUUCGCGAGCCCGAGCCGCGCCGAACGAAUAAAGUUCACCGAAAUACUAUCCACCCCAUCUUCUCCACUCCACUCCUAUUUGAUAACGAGUUAUUAUCGAUCCGUUUACGCGCGUUCAGUAACAUACUAUUUUCAACCGCAAACUUUUUUUAACGCCAAUUUUUCGAACGAACCAUUUUUUGAUCGAAAGUGAACCGGUAUUCCGUUGACCAAAAAAUAAAAAAAAAAAAAAAAAAAAGAAAGAAAGAAAGAAAAAGAAAAAAAAAGAAAAUAAAUGAAAUUAACGUUACGUACGCACGCCUUACAACCGAUACUCGGUACGUUGUUAUUUUGUCAACGAAUCGAUCGAUAUCGAUGAUCCUUCGACGAAACACGAACAGAAGUGCGCCAAGUGGAUUAUAGGAUAAAGGUGAAAAAAAAGAUGAGUGAGGAGAAGAAUAAAUAUUUCGUGUAAAUAUUUCGAACGCUAGAGAUUUGACUACGAAACAGCGAAAAUCAUCCUUUUUUUAGUGUACAUUACUUUGUAUUAUAAUAGCCUAAAAAGAAAAAGGGAAAAAAAAAAAAGAUUUAGCUAGAUACUUUUUUGAGAUCUCCAUGCGAAGAGCGAAGGGAAGGAAGAAGAGGGUCGCCGUUUCUGGGAUUUUUGUUCAUCGAUGUUCUUUCUAUCGCGCUGCCCGACCGAAAAUCGAAUCGCCGCGAACGCGAUACGGGAAAAAAAAAUCAAAGAAUUAUGAUCGCAGUGAAUUUCGUAGCUCAGUAAUUUUCGAGCGCGACAAGCGCUCUUCCAGGGUAACAGAACAGAUCGUACUCAGAAUUUUCAGAUGCACGAACGAAUCAUAUGUGUCGUCGCUUCAACGA